ACAAAACUCGGCCAAAAUGGCGGAAGAGUGGCAACUGUGUGUUGACUGGCUUUUAAAUUGUGGAAUAUUACGCCCCGAACACAAGGCGACACAACCAGGCGCCGUGGUGUUUGACCUUGUACAGGCCCUUAGAGAUGGGGUUCUUCUUUGUCACUUGUUAAAUUCAUUGAAGCCAUAUUGUGUCGACUCGAAAGAUUUUAGUCCCAGACCGCAAUUAUCGCAGUUCCUGUGCACGAAAAAUAUCAGAGCAUUUCUACAGACAUGUGAGAAGACGUUUAGAGUUGAUAUCAAAGAUUUAUUCGAACCGCCUGAUCUUCUAGAGGUGACGAACUUUAGAAAGGUUGUACACACACUUUCCAAGCUCUCCAAGACUGACAUAGCACUGAGCAGGAUACCAAAAGGUUUUCCACCUAAUAAUUCCCGCGAUGAAGACCAAGAUGAAGACAUUUAUGGCAAUCUUUCUAACAUGGCCAUUAAACAUGAUAUCGAAGACAAUGAGGAGUUGUAUGAUUCGGUGGCUCAAGAGAACGAUGAUGAGAUAUACGAGGACAUUAUUAACGUUAAAAAGAGAAGAACACGUGAGCCUACCAGGAGUACGUCUGUCCCAGAGCCUGUCCAUCUGUCCAAGCGAGAGUACUGCAUCCAGGAAAUGUGUGAUACAGAGAAGAACUAUGUUGACGCACUUACUAUGAUCGUUACGAAAUUCAUCGGACCAUUGGCAAAUACAAUAACCGCGUCAGACAAGAACACUAUAUUCUCAAGUAUAGACAAAAUGCUGGAGGUGCACAAGGGUUUCUACAGCGAUCUGAGCCAGGCGUGUGCCAAUGACAAGCGUACAACGAGUGAAAAGCCCCGCAUACACGAGGUGUUCCUGAAGUGGAAGCCCCAUCUACUGCUGUACGGAGACUAUUGCUCCAACCUGCCCAAGGCCCAGGAAACAAUUGAGAAGCUUACAAAAACUAACGAGGCUGUCAAGUUGAAAGUCGAGGAUUGUGAGAGACAGGCCAAUGAUGGGCGGUUCAGACUGCGUGACCUCUUACAUGUGCCAAUGCAGAGAGUCCUCAAGUAUCACCUGCUGCUGCGGGAAUUAAUUAAAAACACUGACAAGACCAGCGACCAGCAGGGGUACCUCCAGCAGGCCCUUGAAGCCAUGCAGGACCUCUCGUUCUACGUGAACGAGGUCAAACGGGAUAACGAGGCCCUUGCCCUUAUAGAAGAGAUACAGCGUAGCAUCACCGACCUCCAAAUGCCUGACAACACUUCACUGAGGGACUACGGCAAACUUCAGAAGGACGGCGAGUUGAAGGUGCGAAACCACAAUGACCACCGAGUACGUCAGCGUUACAUCUUCCUCUUCGAUAAAGUGAUGCUCAUGUGCAAAGCAAGGAUUGUGGAUAGAUUUCUCUGGGGGGACUCGUACAGCUACAAGGAGGCUAUACUGCUGGCAGAGUACAGGUUAGACAACUCUGCAGCAGCCAGAGAUGCACAACGCAAGGCUGACAAGUGGAACUGCACGUUUCAAAUGGUGAAGCUGGACGACUCCAUGGCCAUCACCUUCCUUGCCAAAACAGACGACCUCAAAAACAAGUGGAUUGAUGCAAUAAACCUGGCAUUAGACAAUACUCAGCCAGCUGCUGGCAAGGACUGGAUAAUGACCACCUUCACUGAGCCCAAAACCUGUGAUAUCUGUGGAAAACUCCUCAGGGGGGUCUUCUUUCAAGGCUACAAAAACCCACAAAACACCAUGUGUGUACACAAGGAAUGCAUAGGGAAGCAAAAGCCACAAACUCAAGAAGUUUCCGUGCAAGGGGAAAAGAUGCGUGCCACUGUGUCCUACUUUGGCAACCCCAAGCCAGGGGCAGGGCGUAUUGUUCUGCAGUUCAGCGAAGGGGACAUGAUCGGGGUGACCAGACGAGAAGGUGACUGGCUGGAAGGGGUAUUGGGCAACGCCAAGGGUUGGUUCCCGCAGCAAUUAGUGGAACCAGUCAGGCCUCCGAAACGCCAACCAUCCUAUCUUGACUGGAAGCUUAACAAUCAGCGAUCACCAAUCAGUUCCAGCCCGCGCACCCCACCACCGCUUGCAGCUAGUCCCAUCCAAGAGAGGACCGUAUCGCCCAAUGAUCUCAGUCGAUACGACUGGUUUGUGGGUCUUAUGGAGCGCGGGAAGGCCACACAGUUGAUGCAGACAGUCCCGGACAGCACCUACCUGGUCCGGGAAAGUGCAAACAGUGCCCGCACUGGAAAUCCAGCCCUAACCAUUAAAUACAAGGGUGACGUGCGACAUAUCAAAAUAGAGUAUGAACGUAGCAACGGCUACUACAUGUCUGAUGCCAGAUUCUUCCAUUCUCUUCCUGAGCUCAUUGAGUUCUACCAGAAGAAUUCCCUGGCAGACAGUUUUCAGGAGGUGAACACAACAUUGAUGUACCCAUACAAGACAGUCUCCAAAGGUGCAGGGGGAGCCCCGACGCCAUACCCUGUGCCACUGCCACCGAAGCCUCACGCAUAUGUCAACGGUACUCGAGUUCUAUGUUACGCAGUGGCGAUGUACGACUACGCUGCGACUGCCACAUCACAGAUCAGCCUGGCAGCAAAUGAUCGUGUGGCAGUGCUCAGCAAAUGUGGUGCUGACAAGGGCUGGUGGAAGGGGGAACACUGCUCCACAAGAAAGGUGGGGUAUUUUCCAUUUGCAUAUGUACGCGAAGAAGACGAGGAAUAGCCGCAAUUCUGCUGACUUCAUUUGUGCUUUCAUCAUCAAUACCUGAUGUCUCCCUAUAUAGCUUAGUUUACAUCAUAACUGUCUGUGAUGACAGUUUACAUCAUCAGUUUGUGUGAUCAUAUCGUCACUUUCUGUGAUGACACAGUCCGUGGUGAAACCACAGCGUUUGUUUAAGUGAGAUCAUCAGUGUUUUUGAUGACAUCAUUGUUGUUUAUGAUGACAUCACACAAUGCUACAUAAAUAAACUAGUGACAUUGUUAUUUUCUGUUUUGAUGUCACAUUCUACAAUGAUCACAUCAUGUUUAUCUGAGGUUACACUUGUAUAUCACAGCAUAUGUUGAUGAUAAUAGUCGGAUUUAUUCAGCAAUUGAUGUUCAUUGUAAACUAGCUGCACAGUCAAUGUGUGUGCAUAAUAUACUUAAAGUGUUGGUGAAUGCUUUUUGCCCUGUGGGAACACAUACAUAAACAAUGCACUUCUGUAUUCAAGAGUGUCCUAAACCAGUUAUAAAGUAGUUAUUGUAAUUAUGAUAGUAGUUAUUCCAUCUCUUGUUUCUUGAGCCUUUGUGAGGACAACAGAUGUGGCUGUCAAGUGUUGGCAAUAUGAUUGGUCUGUCUGGUAAGGUGUUAUAUGGACAAGAGAUGUGGCUGUCAAGUGUUGGCAAUACGAUUGGUCUUGUUGGGUGUUAUAUGGACAAGAGAUGUGGCUGUCAAGUGUUGGCAAUACGAUUGGUCUUGUUGGGUGUUAUAUGGACCUUGUUUUGGGAUAAAAAGGCUUAAUGCAUGUGCGUUAAGUGUAGUCCCAGAUAAGUGUGUGCGGUCAGCACAGGCUCGUCAGGUUUUUGUGGAUUUGUUUUUCAAAGACAUCUCUUCUUAGUGAAAACCCAGGUAAGGUGGCAAGUGUGCAAAGGCAAAUAUGGGAUGACAAUUUAUGCAUUAUGCCCAGUUUUCCGAGAACAAGGCUAUAACAAAUUUCAUGAGUGAUGGGUCUGAUUGAAACCUCACAGCCUGUCAAGCCUUUCAUCAUCUGAGGAAAUCAUAUGAUUAUUAGGCAGUUAACAUUAUGACACUGCUGUUGAGUUUUAGAUAGGGCAUGCUGGGAUUCUCUGAUUGAUGUAGGCUAGGAAUUUUCACAUGAGUUGUAAGUCUACUUUUGGCCUAGACUGCAUGAUUGGUUGCCAUUUCAAUAUUGUCAAAAUCAUGGUGAAUAUGUUGUCUUCAGUAAAGAUUGCAUUAUAGGUAUUGACAUGGUUUCCUUUGGUCUAUUGAUACAUGUAUUUUAUACGUUCUUCUAAACCUAAUAGAAUUUCAAGACCUGAUUUAUUAAUGUUGUGUUGAUAAGAUCAUGAAAAUGAAAAAUUUGCUUUGUAAUGAAUUGGAAUAUUUAAUGUUUAACAAGUCAUCACAGCAUCUAUAGUUGUUGCAGAACAUGUGUAACUUUGUUAUUGCAUGUUUGAACUCUUAUCUCUUUAUGUUCAUAUUAAUUGUGUAUACUAAUGUAUGGAUUGUGUACUAUAUAUUUUGUUGAAUAAAGAUGUAAUAAAGUCAUGUCAAUGAAAUAAAUUCCAUUGAAUUCUUUAAAGUAUGGUGAUAAUUUGUCUGGACAGAAAGGUUACACCAAUUUAUUUGUCAAUGACUGUUGAAGUAUGUGUAAUUAUAGCAAAUAUACCUGCAUAUUCAGUGUCAUUCAUAAAAUAAACUGUUACCUUCGUAUAUUAUAAGGAUUUAAAAAAAAUAUAUGUACUAUUGUAACAUGUACACAAUGAGCUUGUGCAAAAUCUUUCAGUGGAGACAGUUGUUACACAAUAUGAAUGUGAAGGCUGUACAAACCAAUGAUAUAGUGGACAUGUUAUCUUUUGAAAAGGUGCCAAAUUUUAGAAACACCACAAGUUUAUCUUAAAAAUAGUUUUUCUUUAAUUUCAAAUUGUUCGUUUAAUUGUAACAAGUUAUAAAAAACAACAUUAUUUACUUGAUUUUAUUUUUUUUUGCGUUCAGUUGUUUAUAAUGAACAACUUACCUUAUUAUGCUUUACCAAUAUUGUAAAAGAUGUGUAAAGUUUGUUUAAUAUGGAUCCUUGCGCCUAUAGGUUGUGUUAUAUGUGUAAAUAAUAAUGAACAGAUAUGUAUUGGUCAGUUUUUUUUAUUGUAAUAUAGAUUAAAUUGCUGAUAAUAUGUUGAAUGUUAUCACCAGAUGAUAUGUUUCUUUAUUGUAAAAUUUGUAGAAUCAGCUAAAUGGACGUUUUAAAACUUUAUCAUCUCAUCAUGAUGAGAUUAACCCUUUGCAUGCUGGGAAAUUUGUCGUCUGCUAAAAUGUCGUCUGCUGAAUUUGUAAAAUAAGCAUUUUCUUCAUUUUUUUUCAAAGAAUACUAUCAAAAUAGCAAACAGUUUGGAUCCAGAUGAGACGCCACAGAAAGUGGCGUCUCAUCUGGAUCCAAACUGUUUGCAAAGUCCUUUAAAAUUCGGUUCCCGCACUGAAAGGGUUAAGAGGGGAGGGUGUAUUUUGAAAAACAUGCAUUAAGCUGAUUCUAUUUUCAAGAUUGAAUUAAACCUUUUACCGCUUAUAGGAGCAUUUUGACGUGUUUGUUGUCCCUUAGGAAAUCAAAUUUAAUUGAGGACCUUUCUUACUAUGUUGAAUUUUAGGCAUCAUUUCCAACCAUAAGGUACGGGUGAGUGGCAAACUGCAUAAAACCUGAACAGACUGUGAGUCACUCGCAGGCUGUUCUUGUUUUAUCCUGGUUGCAUGUAGUCACUUUUACUUUGCUAUUGAGCAGGAAAGGUUAAAAUGACUAUGAAUAUGUUCAACUUGGCUUUGUCUAUUCAUUUUUUGAAUUGUGCUUAUUCCAUGUCAGAAUUAUUUACUGACAAGUAAUUGAUGUCUUAUUGUAUUCCACUUGUACAAACCAAUAGAUGCACUAGUUGAAUAUUGUACAUUUAUGUUGUUAUAGAUGACAUUAUAUUUUAUUUCCGAAAUUGUAAUAUAGACUCUACUUGUGAUUUUUUUUCCAUUUUGUUUUAUUUUUGUUAUUUAUUUUCAAAAUAUCUUGAGAGCUUUUUUGUUGAUUUUUUUUCUGCAUUACCAAAUGCUCUCUGGGCCGGUAUUCUCAAAAAGUGUGAACAGACAUGAGCUCUCAGCUAGCUGACUCUAUGUAACCCAAAACAGAGAUGGAUGUACCAUACUUUACCAUGUAUUAAGCGCACCAUGUGUAACGCGCUCCAUAGAGCUCUUAUAAUUAGCUGACUGUAUGUAUCCCAAAUCAUAGAGUGAUGUAUACGUACUACCCGUUGGAUCAAAAGCUGAUGAAACCACUACUGCUAGAAAUAGCAGUGACCUCAGUCAUUUAUUUAAUAUCGCAGUUUCAUUUAAUAACUAACAGGAGUAAUAAAUUUAAACAAUAAAUAUGUUUUUCCUUGAUUAAUCGAAUAUACUUAUGUUAUGUACUUGAUGUCAGUUUUUCUGCUGCAAACAUGCAACAUAAACUUGUUUAAGUAGUGAAAAUUACUGAAUAAAUCAACCUAGAUUUUGAUAUUUGUGUUGGACGAAUAACAAAAGAAAUAAAGAAUAAUUUAAAAUUGUUUCCCAAGUAUCGCAUAUUGCACUUGAGACAUGAUGAUUUUGUUUGCAAGAAAACAGUAGAACUGAUGUUAUUGAUAUUUACACUUAAAAAUGUUAAGUAUAUUUCAAUCGUUAACUUGAAGGCAUUUAAGCAUAUUAACAACUUAUUGCAUGUUAGUAUUAAGAAUAUUAAAAAAAAUCUAUUUCCACAUUACUGUUAUUGUAAUUUGAUUAACAGAAUGUAGGGAGUGUGAUAUUUGAAGUCCAAGUGGUUCGAAAGAAUUCCAGUAUGGGUUUAUUCAUGAUUAAUACUGUCUUUGAUUUUUGUACAAUUUUAUCUCUAAAUUAGCAGUCUCUCUUAAAGCAUAUAUGUAUAUUAUGUUUUGUUUAUGUUUCAUUUAUAUUGCAAAAUUUAUAUUUUGUCAUUAUUUUAUUUAUCAUUUAGUUUUGUUAGCUCACCUUAGCACAUGGAGCUCAUGGUGAGCUUUUAGGAUACGGUGAUGUCGUUCGUCUGUCAGUCCUUGUGUGCAUCCAUUUACUCAACUCUUGAAUCACUUACCGUUAAAAGAGAGUAAUAAAUCUUCACAGAAAUAAUCAAUAGGCGUCACUUUCAAAUUUGCUCCAACAUUCUGGUCCCGUGCAUAUGUAGGUUUGAACCAUAGUUUUUAUAAAUGAAAACUUCAAAAGUAACUUAAACCACAAGGGUCAUGGGUUUAACAUUUGGUGUGUUACAUCCUCUAGUGGUACUUUAGUAAAUUUGUUCACAUUAUGCCCCUGGGGUCAAAAAUGGCUAGUAAAUUUUUUCAUAUUAUGCCCCUGCGGUCAAAAGUGGCCAUCCCCCAAGAGUCACAUGUUUUGGUUUUAUGUAUAUAAUGAAAGCUUAAGACAGUUUCACUCUUAAACCUCAAUGCCCAGAAGGUUUUUGUUGGACAUGUGACAUCUUUUAAGUAGUCCUCUACCAAGUUUGCUUAAAUCGUGACCCGUGUCCAAACUACAUUAUUACCACAAAAUCUGCAUCUCUUUUCCCCCUGCUUGUCUCAGGUGAGGGACCUUGGGCCUUUAGACCCUCUUGUUUCAGUUACUUUAAAUAACCUAGUGCUAACAAAAUAUAAAUAAAAUGUCAAACCAA